AAGCAACGGGCCCGAGCCAAUCGAACCCAAAGUCCUACAGAAUAUUUUAAUAUAUUAUACAACCAAAUAUAAUAAGUAUCAUCACCGAUUGUGGAAAAUGGCAAAAAUCAACGUUGUCGUGUGUCUGCUGUUGUCCGCACUAGUCUUGGUCAAGGCCAGAUUCGAGUAUGGCAACGACGACAGCGAGUAUAGUUUUCGAACCGCUGACUUUGAGGAUGAAUCGCUGUCAACGGUAGACCAAGCUGGAUCAAUGGCCAACGAUGCGCGGUUCAAGCCCAACCUAAAACUGCAGCGUGCCGAAGCGGAGCUGACGGAGGAGGCGCGAGAGCGUGUCGAACGGGGCGAGGUCAGAGACACGUUGGAGGAUGUCGUCGACAAGGAGCUGAACAAACCUGAGGUGGCGCAGCUCAGACGCGAGAUAGGCGAAGCGUGGAAGGCCGCGUUAAGCGGGCCCGAGGCCGCUCGGGUGAUGGGCGCCAUUGGCGACGCGGCUCAGCGGGUGAUGACAUCGCCGGUGGGUUCACAAUCCGUGGGCCUGCUGAUCACCGCGGUUCGGGUGGUGUUGGAGAAGUUAGGAGAGAUCAACGAGGCACACGCGGAAGCCGGUACCGUGGACGCAGCAAUCAGGACGCUCACGUCACCUCGACUACCUGAGAUCGUCAAGGAAGGCGGUGAGGCCGUUAUCAAGAUGGCCAGCGACCCGCAAGUGGCCAAAUGGGAGAAGACCUUUUUCACGGAAACCAGGAAACUCCUUAUGGAGCCCGAUUUCGUCAAAAGGCUAGACAACUAUUUAGGCAACAUAGAGUCGAUGCUGUCUGCGUCGAAGACGUCGGCGUCGAAGACCAGUGCAGUGCGUUCCAAAAGGAUGCACCUAUAAUAUUAAUGUACUCCACCCAUGUUAAAAUAAAAAUUAAAAUAAUGUAAUAGUAUGCAGGACAAAUAAUGUAUAUGUACACAUAUAUAAUAUAUAUAUAUAUAUAUACAUAUUUAUCUAUUAUUAUGUACGAUCUGCACCUUUUCCAGAUCCCACGUGACGGAGAAUACUUCUUACAAUAGGUACAUUUAAUAUUGUUUAAUAUAAAGUAAAUAGUGAUAUCUUGUUUUAA